UUACGGAAGUGUUGCCUCGUCGUGAACUAAAGCCAGUCAUUCCUGUUGUGUCAUAUAACGUUAAUACAAAGAUUGGUUAAUUAUUUAAACUACGUGGGUGUCAAUAAUCGCCGGGGUUAUGACUCAGUUGUCUUAAAUAAACGUUUAGUAGCCGGUUAGCUAGUAAACUGUAGCGGUAACAGUUGGUACCUAACCGUUAGCUGACAUAGCUAGCAUUGAAAUCGUACAGCAGCCAACCCUGGCUUUCAUUUCCUCUCCUAUCGAUAUGGUAGCCUCGUUGUCAGCGCGAACGUGUUUGGAGGUCCUGUGAAGUCUGUGUAGGCGGUCUAUCAUCAACAUAUUCGUGGUCAAUUCGCUGCAUUUUCUGGAAACAUUGACGGAAGUGCUAGCUUGCUAGCCCGACGUUAGCACCAUGGGAGCUGAGCAGAGCGGAGAAGCGGAGCACAAACACUCCGAUUACAGCUCAUCAGAAAUAUUGUCGUUGCAGUGGUGCCAUCUCCAGCUAAGCAGAAGGCAAAGAUGGAUGAUAUUGUGGUUGUGGCCCAGGGGACCCAGUCUAUGCGGAAUAUCCACAAUGACCCAGAUGUCAUAAAGCUUCAAGAAAUACCCACCUUCCAGCCACUUUUGAAAGGAGUGCUGAGUGGCCAGACGUCACCCAGCAGUGUGUGUCUGGAAAGGCUGGAUGCUGCUCAGGUUCUGCAGCUCUGCAUCCGGUACCAGGACCACCUACACCAGUGUGCUGAGGCCGUAGCCUUUGACCAGAACGCCCUGGUCAAGAGGAUCAAAGAGAUGGACUUGUCAGUGGAAACCUUGUUCAGCAUAAUGCAGGAGCGCCAGAAGCGCUACGCAAAGUAUGCGGAGCAGAUCCAGAAGGUCAACGAGAUGUCCAUGAUCCUGAGACGCAUCCAGAUGGGAAUCGACCAGACGGUGCCACUGAUGGAGCGCCUUAACAACAUGCUGCCUGAAAGCGAGCGCCUGGAGCCCUUCAGCAUGAGGCCUGAUGGGGAUUCUGCCACAAAGUAGCCUCCUGAAAACCAACACAGCUGCCUCCCACCCUAGUCUCCGUCCAGUCGUCUGUCCUGAAAGAAGUGCAGGUCUGUCCAGCUGUAGGAAUACUAAGUCUUUACAAGAGUAGACAAAGUCUGAAUGCAUCAAAAUGUUUUUUUUUCAUAAUAGAGGAGGAGCUCAGGUAUAAAUGUGUGAGACUGCUCUAGUCAGCUCUCUAGGCCAUGAUCGGUUCUUUUUAUUAUGUCAUAUAAUGCAGGGUAUGUUGCUGAACACACCUGCUCUUAAUAAGCAACAUCCUACUUACUAUAACACUUCUAAACCACAAACACACAUUACCACCUCAGUAAAGCCACACCCCUCUGCUUCUGGCCGCUGAGCACCUCUACUGGAGCAGGUGUGAACUUACAAAGUGCUGUGUUCAAGUGUUCAUCAACUAUAGAAGUGGAGGCGCUGGAGAUUAUUAUUUCUCCCUUCCCUGCAGGGAAUAAAAUUAGCAAGUUUCCAGCCACAGGCUUUUUUUUUUCUGCUAAUCUAAAGGCAGGGGUGGAACACAUAUGAAAGUGACAGAAUGAACUCCAUAUGCCCUGAAAACUUGUCCUGCAGAUGUGUUGCAGGUUUCAGAGACUCAAAUGUGCGUGAGCAACAUAAGAAUAUCUCAAAGUGUUUCGUGCUGCUCUCGAGAUUUAUGUACUCCUGUCAAAACAUCAGAGCCACUUGAGAACUUGCAGUGGAUUGGUUUUGGAUCGUGCACUUCACAUAACAAAUAUUUCUUGUUUGUGAUCCUAAUAUUCAUCUGACUCCCACGCCAUAUCCCUUGUUUACUGUUUGAAGAUCCCUUCCAAGAACUGCUUGUAUGCAGAUUGACUGCUUUUAAUUUUCUGAACUAUAUUGGUUUAUCAUUUUGGGAUGUUGUGACGAAGAGACUCACGGAGAGUAUGAAGAAGGAUUAUUGCCGUUGGAUUACACACAGAGCAUGGAUGUUCUCUACAUUGGAAGUAAAAUGAGAAACCUCUUCUUGGACAAUAUUCUUAAUGUUUUCAUGAACAUAUGAACUCAAUUCAACUUUGUCUGGGAGGAACUUGACUUUAAUUUAUUUGGAUACUUUGCUUGAGCAGUUGUGUAAAGCCUUUUUGCAUGCAAAACCGUGAAGAAAGGUUAAAAAAAGGGACUAAACAGACACUGCGAUGCUUCAGUUCAGUACAGAAAAUUGAUGAAGGUAUAAACAUAACAUUUUAUGACAAUACCCCACUUAUCACACAUCUCCGUUCAACCACGCUUUUUGAUCAUUGUACCAAAUUUCAGCAUUAACUUUGUAUAUUUGUUAGCUUUUCACAGUAAUAGCCAAACAUCACACAUACCAAAGAUUCACAAGUCCUCAAAGCUGUCAAAUUAUAAGUGGCACUUUAGAAACAGUGAUAUUUUGGUUCUUUUUGAGGACAGCGAUCAAGUUAACUUCACUAUUUCAUCUGUUGAGUAUUUGUUUAUGUAUCAUCAAGUCAUGCUCUUUAAGCUUAAAAAUACCAACUUAUUUCUCUCUCACCCUGACUGGUCUCUAUUCAUGCAGAUAGGCUUGGUUGUAUUGGCCACGGUGUAGAAAUAUCUUCUGCUGCCACCACAUUACAAUGGAUAUAAGUGGAAUUUGAUUUCUGGUGCUCACAGCAUAAAAAAACAACAGCAGCAUCUUUCUAGAAAGAAAUGUCCCUGUUACUUGGGAUAAUCCACAAAACACACUGUUAAUAUAUGUAGACUAUGUAGAAAUGUAACCGGGACACUGUUUCAAAGGCACACGACUGAAUUGUUAAGUACAACUUUUUGAUGCCAAGGGCACCACAAACAAAAUUGAAUUUACUAACUUUGUAUUUGGUGGAAGCAGAAAUCUCAAAGGCAGAUGUUUUAGAAAAUAAAAUCAAAGCUGCUAAAGAUAAAUUAAAGAAUGUUUGUUUUUUUUUCUCAUUAUGGUGAGCCAACCCUUUAACUACUUAAUCACUGGUCAGUUUUCAUUGUGGCAAUAAAAAAACAAAACACUAAAACUGGUGUAAUUGUUUCAGUGCGGGCUUGUGUAAGUCCACUGGGUGGUGCCAGAGUUAACCUAACACAGUCUGUGGCUUCUUGGAUCAUUUUUAAAGGUUAAAUGUAAAAAAAAAAAAAACAGAGCUGUGUCAAAGAAAUAAUUGGAACUUGAGUGUCUGGUGUGGUUCUGCUCAACCACUGACUGUCCGAGGAAUCAAACCUGUUACCUUGAAUAUGUUUAACUGCCUGAUCACAUGUUUUCAUUUCCAUUAGUUCUACUAGUGCUUCAGAAAGCCCUGUCUCAUCAGAACAUGUAAUUGUAUUCACAUCCGCCGCCCUAUACCACUAAAGAGAUUGCGUUAUCAAAGUAGUUAGUAAAUUUCAAAGAUUUCUUUUCCUUGGUAGCCCCCAACCCUAACCAGCUGAAACAGGCAAUAUUACACUGGGUGCAAAAUUGGACAGUGAUGGAUAUGUCUGUCCAACAACUAGCCAAAACCUGUUCAUAAAGCAGAAAGUCUAGUUACUUUCAGUGCACAAUCUGAUCUAAUUUUGUUUUCUUUUAGUUUUACCAGCGUCCCAUCAUCCCAGACCGUGUUGAGAGCUGAGAUGUAUCAGCAUUUCUUUGAGUUCUUACAGUGACAAAUCUUUGCUCUAGAGCUGCAACAUUUAGUCGAUUAAUUGAAUAGUUGAUCAAAAGAAAGUUAAUCAGCAACUAUUUUGAUAUUCAGUUAAUCUUUUUAAUUGCAAAAAAAGAAAGUGAGGUUGUGAUGGGUGCUUUUCCACAAAUUUAUUUAUCAGCAGAUUAAUUGAUCAUGAAAAUAAUUGUUUGGUCGAGCCUUUCAUCACUUGCUAUGACAUUCACCAUUUCACUCACAAGCAGGAAAAUGUAUUGCAUUACUAUGACAACCAGCAGCCAUGAGCUGUCAUGUUGUUAGCUGUGACACGAAUGCAUAAAUUAAUUAACAAGGUUUUUAAUAGGGUCAUUUUGAUAUUUAUCACUUAUUUUUUCUGUUUUGAUAUGCUUGAAAACUCAACAUGAAAUAUAGUUUAUGUAAAUGUACCUUGAAUUAUUUAUUUAUUUUUUAUUUUUUUACUUCGUGAAAUUGGCAAAACUUGUGGCACCCUUAGCCAGUCCUCAAAGCAACGUCUGUUGCUAUGGCCACUUCUGGAUCAUACAAGAAUUCCCUCUUAUGAAUCCCUAUUUCUUGUGUUUUUACUUGGGUUAGCAACGUCAUGGAAGCCUUCGGGGUCACAACAUGUAUUUACUGACCUCAAAGACCAAAUCAGAAUUAGGCAUUGAAGUUUUUUGCCUAGAAAUAGCUUUCAGCCAAUGGUGAGUGGCUCCUCUCUGGAUACAGCAGCACCGAUGAGCCAGUGUAGUGUGAUUAAACUGGUUGUGUGCGUUGUUAAAUUUUUCAUCAGUGUAAACAUGCUGAACUCAAUUACACCAACAAAAGGAUCCUCCUACGGCUGGCCUGCUUUGAGGUACAGAAUUAGCCUGGUUCAUUGACAUAAGGGACAUAAGGCAGAGACAAGUUUUCUUUUGAAUUUAAAGCAGAACUCCUUUGAUAUGUUAUCGCCUUUCAUGUGUAAAUUAAAACGGUUGAGAAAUGUCUUAAAUGGCCUUGGGGGUUAUUGUUUGAACAUUGGAACAGAAAUGGAAAUUGUCAUUGCAUUCUGCGGCGAGGAGGUGUAAAAGUUCCUCAGAGUCUUUGUAAUGAAGAAUACCUCCUGACGCUCAGAGCUGGAUAUUAACGCCGCAAGAUGAUACAAUACGAUCUGCCACCAGGAAAUUCAUUCUCUGAAAUGAAAGAGGAAAUCCAAUUUCCCCUGUAUACUUCUCAUUUGAAUAUAAAUCAAAGGCUGGUUUGCACCCUCUUUCCUUCCUGUUUUGCCCACUCAAAAUUGGAAACAUGAAAAUACGUUGAGGCUUCCUA